AUGAUGAGCAAGAAAUGUCUCGAGGAAUCCAAUGUUCUUCGUAAAGACGAGGUUAGAAAGGCAAUCAGACAGGUCCACAACGCAUUGGAAAGCCGGUUCAAAUUGGAUGUUGUGUCUGGUGGGACCGACACUACAGCGACAAAUAUUGAGUGGGCAAUGGCCGAGCUUAUGAACAAUCCGGAGGUCAUGAGAAAGGCGCAAAAGGAAUUAUGUGACGUCGUCGGAUUAAAUAACAUGGUCGAAGAAUUACAUAUUCCAAAAUUGAAAUAUUUGGAAGCAGUUAUCAAAGAAACAAUGCGGUUACAUCUGCCUGGACCCCUCUUGCUUCCAAAGUACCCGGCUUAUCCUUUAAUUUGGGAUAAUCCAAUGGAAUUCAAGCCAGGGAGAUUUCUUGAUGGCGAUAUUGGAAAAUGCGAUUAUAGAG